UUUUCCUUCUCUUCUCCUCCCUUCCAUUUGACCAGCCAGAAGGCCUCUGCCUUCCCUUAUCUUGUUGCCCUCCUGAGAAUUUGGCUUUGUGGGUUCCCCUUUCCUUCCACCUCCUUUCCCACUCCAUCAUUGUAGCCCUUUUCGGUCGUAGAGAUCGGUCUUAGAAGUUGGAGUUCGGUUACCUGUUCCAAAGAUCACUUUUUUUUUUUUGCCUGAAGCCCUUCUGUGGUGAAAUUUGUUUUUGGAGGCAAUGGAGGUGACUUGUGACCUUGAAGUGGAUGUCAAUGGGGAAGAGAUCUUCUUAGUGAGUAAGGAAGUCCUUUUGUCAUUCUCUGGCAGGCUAAGGAAGCUGUUUAACAAACGAUCAGUUGCAGCGGUGAGAAAGACUCUGAAAGUAAUAUUCCAUGACUUUCCAGGAGGGCCCGAGGCAUUUGAGCUCAUGACCAGGUUCUGCUACAAUAAGGGCAGAAUUCAAAUAACCCCCGCUAAUACCUGUGUUCUCCACUGCAUAGCCCAGUUUAUGGAGAUGAGUGAGGAUGUCUCUUCCUCCCCAAACUUGAUCAAGCUGACCGAAAAAUCUCUUGAGGGAAUCCUUUAUUGGACAUGGUCCGAGAUCGUGAAUGCGUUGAAACAGUGCCAAGAUUUCUUUCCUACAGCCAUCUCCUCAGGGAUCGUUGAUAAGAUAUUAGAGACUCUAGUAGGAAGAAUCACAACAGCCAGUGAUGCAAGUCCUACAGGUUCCUCUCCGGAGAACUCCACUUUCCGCUUUUCAUGUGAUACAAGAAGUACCCUUAGCACAAAAAGCAGCAGUUACCGAGCUUGGUGGUUUGAAGAUCUUGUGAUUUUGAACUCUGAGUCCAUCGAAAAAAUAAUCAGGAGCAUGGUUUCUCAGAAUGUAGAUCAUGUGAUGGUCAGUAGGUUCCUCUUUCACUACAUCAAAUAUAAAUUUUUCCAUGCCACCUCUGAUGAGAAGAAGAAAGCCACAGAAAUUGUCGUCGACUUGCUCUACUCUCUUGAUAGAAGCUCAGUGUCCUGCAAGAGCUUGUUUGAGAUUCUUCGGAUCUCAUCAUCUCUGAAUCUAAGCAAGUGUUGCAGGAGCAGAUUGGAGAGUAUGAUAGGAAGUCAGAUUGAUCAAGCAACAUUGGACAAUUUACUGGUGCCAGCCCCAGCUGGGAUGGGCAGUCUUUAUGAUGUAAAUCUAGUCUUAACGUUUGUAAAAUCUUUUCUUAGUACUGGAGGCCGAGCAUCUUUAACUAGAUUGAAGCGGGUGGGGAACUUAAUUGACUUAUACUUGGCAGAAGUUGCUCCUGAUUCAUGUUUGAAGCCCUCAAAAUUCAUUUUACUAACUACAGCCCUGCCUGAUUCUGCAAGAGAUUCUCAUGAUGCCAUGUACCAAGCCAUCGACAUUUACCUUGAGGUUCAUGCUCGAUUAUCCGAGGAAGAGAAGAUGAAUAUAUGUUGCGCAAUAAAUUACGAGAAGCUCUCAUUGGAAUCCUGCAAGCACCUUGCGCAGAACUCAAAAUUUCCUUCGAGGACAGCAAUCCAAGCACUAAUUUCUCAGCAACUGAAGCUCAAGAGCCUGCUCCAAGAAGCCAACAACUUAAAGUCUUUCAGUACUCCUCUCAAGGGAAAUGACUAUAAGAAAAAUCAAUGCGAUGAUGGCGAGCAGAUCAUACUUUACGCAAAGAAGCUCAAUUUGCCAAUGGAGAAUGAGAAGCUCAAAGCCCAUCUGCAAGGGAUGCAAUGCAGGUUGAUGGAAUUAGAGAAGCUUUGCCAAAAAAUGCGAAUGGAGAUGGCAAAGAUCAUGAAGACCGGGGAAUCCAGUCCUGGCAGCUCGAGAUCACUCCCGAGACUCUGUUCAUGAUUCAAUUCCAUAUAGUCCAUUUCAUAGUUCUUCAGAUAUAUAUUUUUGUACAUAUUAUUGUUGACAAGUGGGUUCCACAGUAUCUGCUAUAGUGUCUUUGUCCCAUCCUGUGGUAAAGCUGGUGAGCAAGCGGCGCCUUUAACAGAUCAAAAUGAAAGAUUGUUGAAUUCUUCUUUCUGAAGGGUGAGAUGCCUAUUUGUACAGCUGCUGAUAACUUUGGCUCUUCUUUUAUUGUUAGUGUUCAUGGUA